AUGGGGCAGACAGCGGAGACCACGAGUCGUGCGGGCACAGACGAGGCGGACCACGUGCUUGCGGAGGAUCGUGUUGCCACUGCUGGACGACUUUCCAUUGCGGUCGUUCGUAGCGUCGAUGGCAACUCAGCCGUCGCAAGUGCAGCUGUUGACGUGGACCGUUCCAACAACAGGCGCGAGGAGCCCGCAGGUGGUGAGCAGCCCCUCAUACGUCAUAAGGGGAGUGGAGAUAGUCAAUUGCAUGGGGUGAACAGCAGUGGCUCUGCUGGUGCGAGCAGGUCCAUUGACAAAAAAGAGGUGGAACACGUGAUAAAAGUCGACACGGACUCGAGGGACGCUGCAAUGGAGCGACACUAUGGGCCGAGUCAAAUAUCGUGCAACAAAGUACCGAUCGAAGCCAUUGGUAAUGUGGACGCGGUCCUGUCCAGUGUCGUGAAUGUUCGUGGUAUCUGUGGGAUAUCGGAGACUGCAAGCGCGACCAAUAAGCGUACCUAUCAUGCAAAAGAAGAGAACGAUGCUGUGUCAGAUGGAUUGCAUCCACGGAAACGUGUUGCUGUACUGGACAGUAGCAGUGCUAUUGCGAGUUUUGCUGGCCAAAUGAUGAUGGACAGGACGUUGAGCAAUAGCUUGGAUGACGUUGCGAUGAGUGAACCAAUGCACGGGGUAGAUUUGCUUUGCAGCAAAGCGGUCAAUGGAAGCGAGGAAAACAAGCGUUUGCGCGACGGAUUCGAAUGCGUUGCCGAGAGAAAACAAGACCGUUCGCCAACAUUUGUUCAAACAGGUCUUACCCGAUCAGGACGCGCAGUAACUAAACUCGUUGGAAACGGAGCGUGCAAGCCAAAGGUGCUGGCUAAGAAGAAGAGAGGUGUCCUAGCUGUUGAGCCCAAGUUCCCGGAAGAGUCGUUGUGCGGAAUGUGCGGCGAGGUGGAAGACGAUGAUCUCACUGACAUGGUAUUUUGUGAUGGUGGCUGCCUCAAGUCGUAUCACUUUUCGUGUUUGGGCAUUGACUCGGCACCAGAGGAUGAAGAGUGGCUGUGUGAACAGUGUCGCACAAAUGAGCAAUUGUGUUUUGCAUGCGGACGCAAUGGAACGAUCAACGAAAAGGGUGGUGUUUUUCGCUGUAACGUUGCGACCUGUGGCAAAUUCUAUCACCAGACAUGUAUUGAAGCGAACAAAAUAUCUCGUCGAGGGGGAGCUAAAGCUAAACCGGGUUCUUCCACGGUGAAUGAGCUGCUCGUGUCUGACGCUUCGUUCCGGUGUCCCCGCCACGCGUGUCUUGUGUGCAAAGGAGAGAAAAAGAGCCGCGAUCUCAUGCACUGCCUGAAGUGUCCAGAAGCUUAUCAUCCGCGUUGUGUUCCGCCAAGUGCUCGUUAUAAUUCGAUUGGGCUGCUUUGCUGGCGGCAUCAUGAUGACAAGUUACCAAAAAUCCCGUCAUUUUACCUUUCUGAUCCAAACAUCGACACGGUGACGGUCGAUUCUGGUCUGAACUUACCGUGGAUGUUCACGCCUAAACGCGAUCCGGAUGCUAGUAGGCCGAACGAUUACCAUCACUUCCGCCUUUUCUUGAAUCAUAUCGAGGACGUUCGCUUACAGCCACCGACUUACCGUAAAUUGGGUCGUAGCAUCUACACGUUCAAGCAGCAGAAGGUCUCUCUAGAUGACGCGCCAACAUGUGUUUGUAAAGAAAAGUGCGGAGACUACUGCAUUAAUCGGCUGAGUUUUACCGAGUGCUUUGGACCGGCGCCGACUCCAGGGAUGAAGUUCAACAGGCAGAAUCGAGAAUCGAACUGCACGCUUGGCGAGUGUUGCGGAAACCGCGCACUUCAUCAGAAGGUGUACCCCCGCUUCGAGAAGUUCCAUACCGUCGAAAAGGGUUGGGGUCUCCGUGUACUUGAGCAAGUCAGGGCAGGACAGCUAGUGAUUGAGUACGUUGGUGAAGUGAUCAAUGAAGAAGAGAAAGAACGGCGACUACUUCAUCACGCGAAGCAUAGCCCUGAAGACAAGAACAUGUACAUUAUGGAGCUAGGUAAGGGCGAGUACAUCGACGCGCGGUUCAAAGGAAGUGUUUCUCGAUUCAUCAAUCACUCGUGCGAUCCAAAUUGUCACUUGCUGAAAUGGCGCGUCAAGGGUGUCAACCGGAUCGCGAUUACAGCUUUGACAGAUAUUGAGCCAGGCACGGAGCUUUCGUACGAUUACCAGUUUCAUACGAAACAGGCCAUGGAGUGGAAAUGCCACUGUAAGGCAGCAUGUUGUCGUGGGACUAUGGCACCGGAGAAACUGAAUCAAGCGCAAGAAGCAGUUUCGAAAAAGCUUACGAAGAGAGAGAAAGUGAAGCAGCGCAAACGUGCUCUGAUCCAAGAAAAGAUUCAGUAUGUCAAGGAGGUGAAAAGCAUGGCAAAACGGCUUUCGUUGACGGUACAGAUCAGUAUGGGUGACCGAAUGACGACGGACAAGAUGACUGUCCGUACAGGUCCCGCGGCCCGCGAGUUGCAAUGGGCUAAGCUGCAUCGUCUCUUCAAUGCGCGUGACGCCAAGCGCGGCUGUAAUUUCAAGGUCCGUAGAGAGUUGCGAGAUCGAAGAUGUGGGAGGCAUGAAAGGGUCAACCGUGUACGGCAGACCCCAUUCGAUUCAGCAACUGCAGCACCAAGUCGAUCAGAAUGUUCGGUUGGUUGUCCAGAGGAUCAGCUUGAACCGAUGCGCAGUGGUAGUCACUUGCUUGCGAAAGGUGCAGUUGAUUCUGACCAAGCUACAGCUGUGGAGCCGCCAGUACUGCAAACGGAGCAAUCCAAGGAGAUCACUUUCUGCCGCUGUUCAUAG